ACGGGUCAUCAUCUAAAUCGGAUCCAUCUCUAUAUUCGUUCCCCAUCCCUCUCUCUCGUUCUCUCUCUCUCUCUCUCUCGAACCUCGUUUGAUUCACUGGUCAGACACAGUCCACCCUUUGUAGAAGACAAGGAUCUCCCGCUUUCCCCUUUUGUGGUAUUACGAUUCGAAUCGGUUUUGUCGCGCUUUCUUUGCGAUGGGCAAGAACUCGAAUAAGCACGCGCCAGUGUCGGCUCCGAACGAGAUCGAGUGGGAGAUGAGACCUGGUGGCAUGCUCAUCCAGAAGCGACACGACGACGGCGGAGGCGUUGCUUCUCGUGAGCCUAUAAUCAAUAUCACUGUCUCUCACGGACCUUCCCGUCACGAGGUCCAUGUCCCGGCCGACUCUACUUUUGGGGAUAUAAAGAAUGCUCUUGCACAGAAAACUGGUUUGGAUCCUAAAGACCAGAGACUGCUGUUCAGGGGAAAAGAGAAAGAGGAUGAGGAGCAUCUGCACAUGGCAGGUGUGAAGGAUAGGUCGAAGAUUUUGCUUUUGGAGGACCCCGCUAGCAAAGAGAGGAAGCUUGAGGAAAUAGGAAAAAGCAAUGAGAUAGGAAGAGCAUCUGGAGCAGUUGCAGAAGUCAGAGCAGAGGUUGAUCAGCUCUCAGAAAGGGUGGCUGCCUUGGAAGUGGCAGUGCAUGGUGGGACCAAGGUUGCAGACAAGGAAUUUUUAAUAUUGACAGAGUUGCUCAUGAAGCAAUUACUGAAGUUGGAUAGCAUUGAAGCUGAGGGAGAAGCAAAAUUGCAACGAAAGUCUGAGGUACGCCGUGUUCAGAACUUGGUGGAGACACUUGACAACCUGAAGGCAAGAAACUCUAAUCCGAAUAGCAACAGCAGCAAUGCUGUUUCAGUAUCAACCAAAUGGGAGACCUUUGACUCUGGAGUUGGAAGCUUGACGGCCCCACCCCCGUCAUCUUCAACAAAAAUAACUCAGGAUUGGGAACAAUUUGAUUAGUCUCAUAUGUCUUUAUUGCAAUGGUCUAUAGAAACAAGGUAUGUAACAUAACUUCAAAAUAAUGUAGAAUAGAAAUAUUUUUUUGGUGCUU